AUGGCCGCCAUGGUCGUCCAGCUGCUGGGCUUUUUCCUGGGUUUGCUGGGAUUGUUCGGGACCGUCGUUGCCACGGUGAUGCCCCACUGGCGCCGCACCAUCUCGGUGGGCUCCAGCGCGCUCACCGACACAGCCUACAUGAAGGGGCUGUGGAUCGAGUGCGUGUGGCACAGCACGGGCGUCUACCUGUGCGAGAUCCACCGCUCGCUGCUGGACCUGCCCCGCGACCUGCAGGCCGCCCGCGCCCUCAUGGUGCUCUCCUGCGUGUCUUCCACCCUGGCCGCCGCCCUCUCCUCCGUGGGCAUGAAGUGCACCAGCUGCGCCCGCAGCUCCCCGACUAAGACCGCGCUGGCGGUAAGCGGCGGGGUGUGCUACAUGACGGCCGGUCUCCUCUGCCUCAUCACUGUGUCCUGGACCACCAACGACGUCAUUCGAGACUACUAUAGCCACCUGGUGCCCAGCGGCAUUAGGUAUGAGAUUGGACAAGCCAUCUAUGUGGGGUUUAUCUCUGCUGCCCUCAGCAUCACUGGCGGAGCUGUGCUCUGCCUGUCCUGUGGAGGUUCCCAGAAACACUUCCCAGACCCUCUGAAGAGCCACAUUGCCUUACAGCAACUCCCACCACAGUACCAGCCUCCUAUUGUGCACACAGUCAAUGACACCCCCUCUGUCUACUCUGCCUCCAAUACUGGAUACAAACUCAAUGACUAUGUGUGA